AUGGCUCCAGGCGGUGCUGGAAACAUUAAGGUGGUGGUGCGGGUGCGGCCUUUCAAUAGUCGAGAAAAGGAACGAAACGCAAAAUGUAUCGUGGCGAUGAAAGGAAACCAGACCGUGCUCACCCCACCACCCGGCGCAGAGGAUAAAUCAAGGAAAGGCGGGAAAGGCGGUGGUGAAGGGAGCAAGACGUUCGCCUUUGACCGGUCAUAUUGGUCCUUCGACAAAGAUGCGUCCAACUUUGCUGGCCAAGAUGACUUGUUCGACGACCUGGGCUCACCCCUUCUGGACAAUGCUUUUGGAGGUUACAACAAUUGUAUCUUCGCCUACGGUCAGACAGGUUCGGGAAAGUCAUACUCCAUGAUGGGUUAUGGAAAGGAAUAUGGUGUCAUUCCACGGAUUUGCCAGUCGAUGUUUGAGCGGAUCACCGCGAUCCAGGCGGACAAACAUCUUAACUGCACCGUGGAGGUGUCCUAUCUUGAAAUCUACAAUGAGCGAGUCCGCGAUUUGCUCAAUCCAUCCAACAAGGGCAAUCUGAAAGUCCGUGAACAUCCGUCGACUGGUCCUUACGUCGAGGAUUUGGCCAAACUUGUCGUGGGAUCCUUCCCGGAAAUUGAAAAUCUAAUGGAUGAGGGCAACAAAGCCCGAACGGUGGCUGCGACCAACAUGAACGAAACGUCAAGUCGAUCGCAUGCUGUGUUUACAUUGACACUCACCCAGAAAAGACACGACAGUGAAACUUCCAUGGACACCGAGAAAGUAUCCAAAAUCAGUUUGGUUGAUUUGGCUGGUUCAGAAAGAGCAAAUUCCACCGGUGCCACCGGUGCUCGGCUGAAGGAGGGUGCUGAAAUCAAUCGCUCACUUUCAACACUCGGUCGUGUCAUUGCUGCACUUGCUGACGUCUCAGCUGGCAAGACGGCAGCUGGCAAAAAGAAGAAUGCUUCCAUGGUACCAUAUCGUGAUUCAAUCUUAACCUGGCUGCUCAAAGACUCACUCGGAGGUAACUCUAUGACAUCUAUGAUCGCGGCCAUUUCUCCUGCAGAUAUCAACUGGGAGGAAACGUUGGGUACUCUUCGUUAUGCCGACUCAGCCAAACGGAUCAAGAACCAUGCCGUUGUGAACGAGGACCCGAACGCACGUAUGAUUCGCGAACUGAAAGAAGAACUCGCGCAGCUCCGAUCUAAACUUGGGGGUGGGGUAGUGCCCGGAGCAGGCGGCGCUGCAGGUCAAUCGGGUGCUCCUGCCGAGGAGUACUAUCCGCCUGAUACCCCUCUGGAACAACAGAUGGUCUCGAUUCAACAAUCCGACGGAAGUGUCACCAAAGUCAGCAAGGCGGAGAUUGUAGAACAACUCAACCAAAGUGAAAAGCUCUACAAGGAUCUCAAUCAGACAUGGGAGGAGAAGAUGAUCAAUACCGAACAAAUCCACAAGGAACGUGAGGCUGCCUUGGAAGAGUUGGGUAUCAAUAUCGAGAAGGGAUUCAUUGGGUUGAGUACCCCCAAGAAGAUGCCCCAUUUGGUCAACCUCAGUGAUGACCCCCUUCUGGCCGAAUGCUUGGUCUACAAUAUCAAACCUGGAACCACCACCGUGGGGCACAUGGAUCAAGCCCAAAAUAUCGAGAUCAGGUUGAAUGGAUCGAAGAUUUUGGAGAGGCAUUGCACCUUCGAGAACGUUGACAACAUUGUGACAAUUGUUCCUACCGAAGGAGCCGCCAUCAUGGUGAACGGCCUGCGAGUCGACAAACCCACACGACUAAGAAGUGGUCAUCGAAUCAUCCUGGGUGAUUUCCACAUUUUCCGUUUCAACCACCCCCAAGAGGCCCGAGCCGAACGUGUCGAGCAAAGCUUACUUCGCCAUUCCGUAACGACAAGUCAGCUUAGAUCGCCGGCGCCAAACAAAACCCAUGACCGAAAUCUCAGUAAAACGGGGUCCGAAGUGGAUGGCGAUUCAAGUCGGGCAGACUCACCGAUGCCCUCGCAGCGUAGCCGCGAAUCAGAUUGGUUCUUGGCCCGCAGGGAGGCUGUCAGCGCUAUGGUUGGGCCAGACCAAAUCUCACACUUGCCUGACGACGAACUGGAUACACUCUUGGAGGAUGUGCAGAAGGUCCGGGCAGGUCGCCGUGGAAUGCCCGACGAAGAUGAUUCAGAUUCCCUCAGCUCGUUCCCUAUUCGCGACAAAUACAUGUCUAACGGGACCAUCGACAAUCUUUCCCUCGACACAGCGAUAACGAUGCCGAGCACGCCCCGACAAAAUGAAGACGACGAUAUGAACGGUGUCGCAUCCUUGUUCCAAGCUCGCCAAGAUAUGCAGAGACAGUUGGAUCGCCGAAAGGAAGAGUUCCAAGAGAAGCUCAAAACGGUUGAGGCCUCGGUUGACCCGAACUCACCAGAGCUCACCACAGAGAAACAGCGGAUGGAGCACGCUCUGCGAACUGCCAAAGAAGAGUUCGAGGAGCAACUCCGCCAACAGAAAGAGUCCUUCGAGAGUCAUAUCCGAGAUAUGGGAAAGCCGGUGCCCCAAAUAUUCGAGAAUGGGUUCGCCAAAUUGGACGAGCGUGAAAUUGAAAUCGCGCGCGCAGUGUACAGCCAUUGGUCUUCACGAAACUACGUGCGAAUGGCUGAAAAGAUUCUGCAACACGCUUCACUUUUGAAAGAGGCACAGGUCAUGAGCCACAUAAUGGACAAAAAUGUGGUUUUCCAGUUUGCGAUCAUCGAACACGGUCACAGCAUGGAAUCCUCCUACGAUCUCGUGCUGAAUGGGAUUUCCGCCGACGAGGACAUCGCCCUAGACGAGGCCAAGAAGCCCUGUGUUGGGGUCCGCGUUAUCGAUUACAAACAGAGUGUCGUCCGGCUGUGGUCAAUCGAAAAGCUCCAGCGCCGUGUCCAGGCUAUGCGACAGUUGCAUCAAUACAUUGAUCGCCCCGAUUACAUCCAGCACUUCAGACUUGACAAUCCGUUUUCCGAACCCUGCUCACCUCAAUAUUCUCUUGUGGGUGACGCUGAUAUCCCCUUGACUGCAGUCUUCGAGACUCGCGUCCAAGAUUUCUCUGUUGAGAUCACUUCACCAUACACCCAAAAUGUCGUCGGUAUUAUCCGGCUAUCGCUCGAGCCGUCAUCUGCACAAGCGCCAUCGUCAACCCUAAAAUUCAACGUUGUCAUGCGGGACAUGAUCGGAUUCGCGGAAUGGGAAGGCUCGGGCGUACACGCCCAGCUAUUUGUCCCAGGGAUUUCCGAAGAGGGAGGUGCAACCACCACCCAGAUGAUCAGUGGAUUUGAAGAUGGUCCGGUUCGGUUCGAGAGCGUGCACAGCAUGAGCUUGCCAUUAUCUAGCCCACGAACAGCUGCACUAAAGGUCUGUGUCUAUGCUGGAGUCAAUUCGGUCCACCUGGACAAGCUUCUUAGUUGGGAUGAUAUGCGCGACUCGGCAGAGCCCCUGCCACAGAAGCGCACUGCCCCUCGCAUCCCUGAGUCUGAAUUCUUUUCGGAGGAAAGACACGAUGUCUUUGCUCGAAUUCAGAUCCUUGAAAUGGCAGAAUCGGGCGAAUAUCUUCCUGUGGAGGUUAUCCAGAGCAACAGUCUUGACGCGGGAACGUCCCAGCUUCACCAGGGAUUGCAGCGUCGUAUCUCGAUCAAUCUGACCUACAGCUCAACGGAAAGUCUUCCGUGGGAUGACAUCAACAACAUUCGCGUUGGAUCUGUUCGCCUGCUGGAUCCCUGGGGCAAGAUCCCAGAUCAAGAUUUCCAGACCCCGGACGUUCCGUUGAAGUUUGUGCAAGAUCCCAUGGUCAAAGAAAAUGCCGAUGGAACUUCCAUGGUCACCAUUGUGGGUCAGUGGGACUCGAGUCUGCAUGGAUCUCUCCUCCUCGAUCGAGUCACGGCCGAAAAGUACAGAGUGCAGGUUACUGUACGAUGGGACCUGGUCUCCACUCGUCUCCAGACCCCAGUCGUGUUUGAGGCGGAUCAGACCAUUCAGAUCCAGGGCCGUACAUACGUUCGCCAGCAGUCGAUGUUCAAACAAUUCUGGAACUCGAUCCGAGUGGUUCAUUCGACGACUUGCAUGUACUCCUUGGUGAUUCGUCCGAUUUCCGCUAAGCGUGCUGCUGAUCUUUGGCGAAUGAACACUCAAAAUGACUAUGUGAAGGGCGAAGAGCUCCUGCUCGCUUGGGCCCCUCGAAAGGUCUCGCUGGUGCGAGACUACAUUGCCAACCGCAAGCGCCGACAGCGAGUAGCCGAGCUCCACGCUGCUCGGGGCGCGCUGAGUGCCGGUAGCUUGAUCGCAUCACCCGCUCGGAGUGGGCUGUCAACACCAUCACGGGGCUCAGCUCUCAACGAGCGUAAGUCAAAACUUCUACGGAAGUAUUUGGAACUGUGGUCGCUCAAGCAGGAUCCUACCGAGAAGAUUCUCGUCCGAGGCAACACCGAACCCCCUACGGAUGGAGCCGCACAGAGACCAACCCCCAACAUCAAUGGUCUUUCCAAUAAGAUUUCCCUCAAACCUCGCUUUGUCGCAACCAUCCAGACUCUUCCCAAAGCACCCGACGCCUUGAAGACGGGAUAUGUGCUUACCCCCGAUGAUACCAACAACGUUUGGGUCCGUCGUUUCGUGGAGCUCCGCCGGCCGUACCUCCACAUCUACUCAGUCCCCGAGGGAGAUGAGAUUAACGCCAUCAACCUUCGCAACGCGCGUGUUGACCACGCACCCGACUUCGCUAGACUACUCGACGGUUCAGGCGCUGGCUCUGACCGUUCUCUCUCCGCCAAGGGACGACCGAACGUUUUCGCUGUCUACGGGACCCAGAACACAUUCCUCUUCGCCACUCGCACCGAGGCACAAAAGGUGGAAUGGAUCCUGAAGAUCGAUGAGAGCUACUUCAACAGCAACAGCCCCAGUGCGGCCACGAGUAGUUGA